AGCACAUAUUCACACUAACCAAUUUUGGUUCUUUUUCCUAAGCUUCAGCUUCAACAUCAUUUGCAUCAAUAUUUUCUCUACACUACUAUAGCACUUGACUCUUGAGUCAAGUAUUCAACAUGGAACAAGAAUCAACGUUGUGCAUGAUGGAGGUGAGGGAAGAUUUCAUGGUUUCACCAAUUGGAGACAGUGAACCAUCUUUGAGAAGUGCUUAUUUCCUAAAGCCCCAUGCAAAGUCUCUUGAUGGAGCAGUUUCUGGGGUCCUUUCAUCUUCAUUGUCCAUGCCAUUGCCACCGGUGUUUGAACCAAAGGAGUGGCCUUUGGUGAUCCAUUUCAGCUGGUGGCGCCACACAAAGCAGAAAUGGGUUGGAUGGGUGGAUUCCCUUCAAGUGAGGUAUGAGUCAGUUUGGAAGAAAGUUGGAAUCUUUGAAGCCAUCAUGAGCACCAAGUGUUCCAUAGUGAAAGAUCAAAACUUGUGUUAUGGGGUUGCUGAGAAGUGGUGUCCUGAGACAAACACCUUGUUGUUUCCGUGGGGUGAGGCUACAAUCACAUUGGAGGAUGUGAUGGUGUUGGGGGGUUACCCUGUUGUUGGUGAUCCUAUCUUCACCCCACUUCACAGCCAGGAAAUGAGAGAGGUGGAGAAGAAGUUGAUUCAUGCAAGACAAGAACCUUGGAGGAUGAAAAAAGGUAUGGCUUCUUUGUCUGCAUGGAUUGAUCUUUUUGUCAACAGUGGUAGUGAAGUUGAGCAUGAAGCAUUUCUUGCAACUUGGUUGUCAAUGAUUGGUUUUUCUCCUAAAGGCUUGGUGGGUAAGUUUGUUUUCCCUAUUGCUGUUCAUCUUGCUAGAGGGAAUACCAUUGCUUUGGGACCAGCAGUCUUGGCCAGCAUAUAUAAGGAUCUGACUUUGUUGAAGAAGACAAUAGUUGGUUUGACAGAAAAACUAGUGCUAGGUGAUGAUUUGCAGUUGGAGGUAACUCUUCAGUCACCCUUUUACUUGGUCCAAAUUUGGGUGUGGGAGAGAUUCAAGAAUUUGCAACCACAGCCCAGGUUGAUCAACCAUGACGAGGCUAUGUUGUUUAGGUGGCACAAGGUUAAGCCAUUGAAAGUUGACAAUGUGAGAUUGACACUGGACUCAGCUAUGGAGCAUUUUCGGUGGCGCCCUUAUGUUCAAUAUGUUGGGAAGUUCAAGGUGUUUUAUCCAGAGAAUGAAACUUUGGUACCAUUUGAGAAAGAUUUGGAUGAUGAACUAAUCUCUUUUGUUACAUGCAUGAGAGUUUCUGUGCUUGUGGGAAUUGAGUCUACAAUAAAGCAGUACCUGCCACAUAGAGUUGCUAUGCAAUUUGGAAUGGAUCAAGAUGUUCCAGAUUGUGUGCCUAAAUUCUGUGGAACUAAAUCCAUUGCUUGGAAAAAUUACUGCAGGCCAAUAUCUGAUAGGAGUUUGUAUUUUCCUGCUAGGCUUUUUGAAGGAGAUGUUACCACAAGGUAUGCAAAGUGGUGGAAGGAAUCAGUCUUGAGUCAUCAGGAUUUUGCAAAGAAUAUUGUGCGGCGAAAGAGAAGUUCAAGGCCAUCUCAUCAUAGGACUCAUGUAUCAAAAGCAAACAAAAGUGGUAACGAUGCUGAUGUUCCACCUGGUUUUUCUCCCAUACAUGUUAGCACUGUGUGUUAUGGAAAAUCUGGUGAUGAUGAUUCAAAUGCUAGGAAAGGUAAUAGUGAUGGCAUUGUACCUUCUGGUUUUCUUCCUGAACAUUUGAAAACUGUUCCAUCUGAAAAUUCUGUUAAAGAUGGUUUGAAAGCCAAUGAAGGAAAUGUUGAUAUUAAGAUUCCAACAAGUUUUCCUUCAAAAUAUGAUACUCUGACUCCUUGCAUUUCUGUUGAGAAUCAUAAACAGGUUUUGGAAGAAAAUAAGUAUGGUGGCAUGACUCACAGUUCUGUUAAAACUUAUAAAUGUAAGAAUUUGUCCCAUCAAAGUUCUUCAGCCUCUACUGCAGAUUACAAAAAUGUUGAAAGGAUAUCACCACUGACAAAACCAGUUGCAAAAGAUACUGUUGAAAAAUUGAUGGGGGGUUUGGAUGAAGAGUUUGAAGAUGCAAAUGGGAGCAAAGAAUCAAGGCUUUCCAGUGAGAGAGGAAGCCUAUCUGGUACUCAAGGAUGCAAGUGUUGGCAAGUGGUUGAACUGGAACAUUGGUGUAGCAUGAGGAGAAAAUGAUGGUAGUUUGGAUACUUACACAAAAAAGUUGCUAUGAGAAGUACUAGUGAGAAGAGUAGAUUGCAUAGUUCAUUCCUUUAAAAUAAGGAGGAGACUGAAGGACUUUAGAGAAAGUUUUCAAAAGAUAUCAUGGUGAAUAAUAUUUCUGAAACUUUGGAUUUUAAACGACUCAAAUGUCGUCAAGCCUACUUCUUGAACAUGAUGUGUGACCAUAGAUUUCUAUGAGAUUGCUAGCUUUUAAUUUAUUAUAUCUUGUUCUUGU